GUAACGUUAAUCCAGAUGACUUGACAGGCUAAUGGUAGAUCUUGGGUCAGGGGCCUGUAAUGUACGUGUGAUACUACAGUUGGAUAACACUACACUGUUGCAGGUGUACGUGUCAGUCGUUAUAAUGUUAUGACUGUCUUUGUUAGCUAGCUGUCUGAGACGUAAACGUUGCCAGUUAGUCCAGCUGUGAUCGUUGUUGAUGUUACGUUAACGUUAGCUUAACGUCUUAUCAUGUGGGUUUUCGGUUACGGGUCUCUCAUAUGGAAAGUGGAUUUUCCAUAUGAGGAAAAAAGAGUUGGCUACAUAAAAGGCUUCAGCCGUCGGUUUUGGCAGGGUAGUACCGACCACAGGGGAGUACCGGGUAAGCCUGGCCGGGUCGUGACACUGGUCGAGGAUCCUGAGGGGUGCGUUUGGGGUAUCGCCUACAAGCUGCCGACGGGCCGGGAGCAGGAAGUGAAGAGCUACCUCGACUACCGAGAAAAAGGUGGUUAUCAGGUCAUCGCAGUGACCUUUCACCCCCGUCCACCACUCUCUCCCCCGCCCAGCCAGACGCUGCUUUACAUCGGUUCUCAGGACAAUCCAGACUACCUCGGCCCCGCCCCUCUGGAGGAGAUAGCCAACCAGAUCGUCAGCUCUACCGGUCCAAGUGGGCAAAAUACGGAGUACCUGUUUCAGCUGGCUAAUGCUGUGAGGACAAUUCUGCCUGAGGACUCAGACACACACCUGUUUUCUCUAGAAACGUUAGUGAGGGAACAACUACACAAUGUGCAGAAACACUCAAACACUCAAACGGGCUGAUUGUAACUAUAUAAUAAAUAAGACUUGAUCAAUGUAUUAAACCAGGCUGGGUUUGUCAAAUAAUGUCAGGGUUUAAGGUACACAUGGGGCCAAUCAGGAUAUUUAUCGGGUACAGAAAACAAGUUGACAAAGUCUGUUUUGUCCAUUAGCGUCACACUACAAAGAAAUGUCACCGUUUUGUCCGUUACACUGCAAAUAAUAUGUAAUGAAAGCUACUUCAAAGUAGGGAAAAUGACGAAUACAUGAAAGUACUCUUAACUGGCGUCCAAACUACAUGUUUAAUGAUCACAAAACAUGCUGUGGAAAAACUUUUAGAUUUUCUUCUUGUACAAUAUUCAACAGCAUAAAGGAAAGAAUAAUAUUGAGUGAAUAUAUCACAUUCACAGAUGCAUGGGGUCUGUUUUGAUCCAUUUUAAAACAUUCAGCAUUUGAAGUAAGACUGCACUGUUCUCCCAACUGAAGUGAAAUGUAGGGCUCACCCAAAAUGUACAGUCAUUUAAAGUUGGAGCCCAUAGCAGUUUUGGCACAUUUAAAGUCCUUGAAAACCUGUAUUCAAAUAUUGAUUAUUUCUGUAUAACAUUAGUCAUGACUAAAUAAGCAAUAAUUAAAGUACAAAAACAAAACAUCCUUAUAUACUAUUAAGACUUGUGUGUGUGAAGAGCACAGAGAAAAACAACACGGACAGAAAGCUCUCAGGAGAAAACUGUUUCAACUUGGUGAGAAAGUUUUGUUUUCAUGUAGGAGUUCAUCGCUCAACACAAAAACCUGAUUGAGAACAUUUGUUUUUAGGACCUUUUAGAGUUAAACUCAAGAUGGCUUUGAUGAUGAUGUUGGGAGAGCUAUAUUUUUUACCUUUGUGCACACAUAAAGAUGAAGAGAUGUUGGAUAGAUUGCCUUGAACUCUGGUACAGAUAUCCAUCGUUCCCAAAGGAUGAAUCCUACUGAGUUUAGUUUAGUAGGAUUCAUUUAUUAAAUUUGAUCAGAUUUUACUGGGCUUAUUUAGAUGAUUCAAAUGUUUUUAAACAAGAGAACAAGGUUCACCAGAGAAUUUAUGAUACUGUUUUCAAAUCCCUGAAACAAAAGCUGAAUAUAAAGUUUUGGAGCAUCAUCAGUCCUCCCCAAACACAUUUUUUAGUGCCAUUAUUCAUAACUAUUUCCAAAGUUGAUUGUCUAACCAGAUAAUCCUGCUUUGGUAAAUGCCCUCCAUCUCUCUUCCUGAUAUGAAAACCGAAUUUCAGGGCAGAUCUUAUCAUACUACUGAAAUCACGCAGUGUACAGCCACACAUGUACACUUUGUGUAUUCCAGCUAUGCUUCUUGUCAUUCUGCCAGCAUACGUCUCAGCACAGUAAACAUAUCAAAGUCGACAGGGCUGCAUCAGAAAAGAUCAACAUGCAGAAUAAAGAUGGUGACAGCU